UAUCAGCUAUGUUUUUUAAGAAGGCAGUAAAUAAGGCUGAAUUAACCGUUUUGCUGCCAGACAAGUCUCUGCUGAUAGCCAGGUGUAGCGGGGGAAUUAGCAACACGGAGGCUAGCUAGCUGUCACAGCAGUUUAAACAGCUGAAAUGAGUUUCCUGGGUGGUUUAUUUGGUCCUGUGUGUGAAAUUGAUGUCCUACUCAAUGAUGCAGAGACUAGGAAGACCGCAGAACUCAAAACAGAGGAUGGAAAAGUGGAGAAGAACUACCUUUUUUAUGAUGGAGAAUCUGUCUCUGGGAAGGUGAAUCUCAAUGUGAGGCAGACGGGCAAGAGACUAGAACACCAGGGGAUUCGAAUUGAGUUUGUUGGGCAGAUUGAGCUCUUCAGUGAUAAAAGCAACACACAUGAGUUUGUCAACCUGGUGAAGGAGCUUGCCCUGCCAGGGGAGUUGACCCAGAACCGAAGCUACGACUUUGAGUUCACGCAGGUGGAGAAGCCCUAUGAAUCUUACGUUGGAACCAAUGUCCGACUGAGAUAUUUCCUCAAAGUGACAGUAAUGAGGAGACUGUCUGAUCUGGUGAAAGAGUAUGAGCUCAUUGUCCAUCAGCUGGCUACUUACCCUGAUGUGAAUAAUUCCAUUAAAAUGGAAGUUGGCAUUGAAGACUGUCUACACAUAGAGUUUGAAUACAACAAGUCCAAAUACCACUUGAAAGAUGUCAUUGUGGGUAAAAUCUAUUUCCUUCUGGUGAGAAUCAAAAUCCAGCACAUGGAACUUCAGUUGAUAAAGAAGGAGAUGACUGGAAUAGGGCCGAGCACAACUACAGAGACGGACACUGUUGCCAAGUAUGACAUAAUGGAUGGCGCCCCUGUGAAAGGAGAGUCCAUUCCCAUCCGUCUGUUUUUGGCUGGCUACGACCUGACAGCCACCAUGAGGGAUGUCAACAAGAAGUUCUCUGUGCGGUACUUCCUCAACCUGGUGCUGGUGGAUGAGGAGGACAGGAGAUACUUCAAACAGCAGGAGGUCGUUCUCUGGAGGAAAGCUCCUGAGAAAAUAAGGAAGCGGAACUUCCAACGCUACGAGUCGCCGGAGCCACGGCCGACGCUUACUGCUGAGCAGCAACCCGAAAUGUGAAAGCCAUCGGAGUGAAACGGAAAAAUGCUGAGAAUGCUUCUGAUUAUAGCCUAAAGCAAAUGAGAAGAGAGAGGGGGUGCAACUUGACACGCAAGGAGAAAAUAAAGAGUCAGCCAUUUAAUACAUCUACCUUCUGCAAUGUGACAGUGACCUACUGGUGCAUCUGACUGUGCUGGGUCUACUCUGUUAGCGUACUGUAUGGACUUGUCUCUUUGACACACAAUAAAUAGCACUGGAAUGGGAUCUACCAUCACUUUUUUUAGGGGACCUACCCUCUCUGUAAAAGAGGCACUUGGUUUGGCUCAACACUGGCAUACAAUCAUUCACUUCUAGGUAUUUCCAAGGAUGUUCCAGUGCAUGUAAGCAGGUCAAAUUGAAUGUGAUGGGUUAGUAUCAUGUCAAUGCUGGCAGUCGGGUCAAUUUCUAAGGUCAAGCUGUAAGACAAUAGGCAUUAUUUGAGCUCAAAUAGUACCUUGUUUAUAAUUCACCUUAAGAUGUAAAAGAUUUCUAACUCCUAAGUCUUUUAGUGUAGCUACAUACAACCUGUAGUUUCUUUUUUUCACUUCACUUUUUCUUGUGAUUUGCGCGUCCUUUCUUCAAAUAUAUUAUAUAUCAAUAAAUGCUUUUGCUAGUGGCAUUGGAUUGAGGUGACACAAAAUGCUGUUUAAUGGGUACUUACAUUUUUGGGGGGACUAGAUUUAGGGAAAUAUCACUUUACUUAAUUUCUCUAAGGUUAAAUAUUUAAACUCAGAUGGGGCUGUGCUACAUCUGAACACUAUACAGGCAAUAUACUUUUUAAGUGCCUGUAAGGUCAAGAAGAAACUGUUAUGCCAAAUACUGCCCUGACCCACCACUGCAUGUUCAUUUUUAUACUGGGUCCAAUGUAACAGACUUGUGUGGACGUUGAACAUUUGUAUAUAUCCAACCUGUCUAUAUCCAUCAGUCAUCGACUCAAAGGAAAUGCGAAUUUAGACUUGUAUGUAUUGGAGUGAUGUCUUUAAUACGUUUUGAUUACUUAUGCACUGAAUAACAAUAUAAAUGCAACAUGUUUCAUGAGCUGAAAUAAAAGAUCCCCGAAAUUG